CCGCCAAGAACAGCCAUAUGUAUAUUACCACGGGCACAAACCCUACAAAAACCCUGAAGCCCACCGACCCACCACCCAGCCACAAUCUCCUCUCGUUGUAUCUGCCAUCUACAGCUUUCCAUGGAACCAGAACAAGCAUUUGUUUAAUUAAACACAUAAUUAUUACGUGGUUCUUAAGCCACUAAUUUUUUCCCCAUUAAACCUCUCUUAAACCCCAAACCCUCGCAUUGCCCCCCAAACCUUUCAUUUUCUCUGGGGUUUUUUAGUUUUAGGGUUUGAUCAGAAUAUCAAAGAGAAAACUUUUUAAGGGGAAUGACUAAGAUAUAUGCAGUAGGGCUGAUCACAGCCAUGGCAGCCUCUGCUUCCUUGUCGCAGACCAAAUAUGCUCAUGCCGAUGGACCUUUCAACUUCUCUCCCUUCUCUUCUCCUCCUUCAAAUGCUCCUCAAUCUGCUUCCGCUUCUUCUUCUUCUUCCCAGCCUGUGCCCUCCAAUUCCUCACAGUCCGCAGGUAAUGUUGUGCCUCCUCCAAGGGUUCGUAAUGAUAAUCCCAGGACCUCGUCGACCGGCUUCGAUCCUGAGGCUCUGGAGCGGGGUGCCAAGGCUCUCAGAGAGAUCACCAACUCUUCCAAUGCCAAAAAGGUCUUUGAACUUAUGAAGAAGCAAGAAGAAACAAGGCAGGCUGACUUUUCUGCAAAGGCUGCAGAGUUUAAGGCUAUGCAAGCUCAAUCUGAAACUGAGAGACAAAGGGUUAUAUAUGACGAGCAGAAAAAGCUAGCUCAGCAUCAAGCACAAACAAAAUCUCAAAUGGCUCGCUACGAGGAUGAAUUGGCAAGGAAGAGGAUGCAGGCAUGUAGCCUUGAACUUUUUGGUUUUGCAGAGAACGAAUUACAGAGGGCACGGAAUCAAGAGCUUGUAAAACUGCAAGAAGAAUCAUCAAUCAGACAGGAGGAAGCUCGCCGAGCAACAGAGGAACAAAUCCAAGCACAACGCCGUCAAACAGAGAGAGAGAAGGCUGAGAUAGAAAGGGAAACAAUUAGAGUAAGGGCUAUUGCAGAAGCAGAAGGCAGAGCUCAUGAAGCAAAGCUAGCUGAAGACAUCAAUAGGCGAAUGCUUGUAGACCGUGCAAAUGCAGAGAGGGAGAAAUGGGUUGCUGCUAUUAAUACCACUUUUGACCAUAUUGGAGGGGGCUUGAAAACCAUUCUGACAGAUCAAAAUAAAUUGGUUGUUGCUGUUGGGGGUAUUACAGCUUUAGCAGCUGGAGUUUACACAACAAGGGAAGGUGCAAAGGUGAUAUGGAGCUAUGUUGACAGAAUCUUAGGACAGCCGUCUCUAAUCAGAGAAUCCUCCAGAGGGAAAUAUCCUUGGUCGGGACUGUUUUCUCGUGGCAUGAGCACCUUAUCUCGUGGUGCUGAUAAAGGGUCAUCAAAAAGUGGCAAUGGCAAUGGCUUUGGUGAUGUUAUUUUACACCCAUCGCUUCAGAAAAGGAUACAACAGUUGGCAAGUGCUACUGCCAAUACAAAAUCCCAUCAGGCUCCAUUCCGAAACAUGCUUUUCUAUGGUCCUCCGGGAACAGGGAAAACAAUGGCUGCUAGAGAGCUGGCUCGUAAAUCUGGAUUAGAUUAUGCAUUGAUGACAGGAGGGGAUGUUGCUCCUCUGGGCUCACAGGCUGUUACGAAGAUACAUCAGUUGUUUGAUUGGGCCAAGAAGUCGCAGAAGGGUUUGUUGCUUUUCAUUGAUGAAGCUGAUGCAUUUUUGUGCGAGCGAAACAAAACCUACAUGAGUGAAGCUCAAAGAAGUGCCCUGAAUGCCCUCCUAUUUCGCACUGGUGACCAAUCCAAAGACAUUGUCCUUGCCUUGGCAACUAACCGUCCUGGUGAUUUGGAUUCAGCCGUGGCAGAUCGUAUUGAUGAAGUGCUGGAAUUCCCUCUGCCCGGGGAAGAUGAACGUUUUAAGCUGCUAAAGCUGUAUCUGGACAAAUACCUUGCUCAGGCAGGCUCAAGAAAACCUGGUUUGUUCAGUAAUUUGUUCAAAAAGCAACAGCAAAAGAUAGAGAUUAAGGGGUUGACAGAUGAUAUUAUAAGGGAAGCAGCAGCAAAGACCGAAGGGUUUUCUGGGAGAGAAAUAGCAAAACUAAUGGCAAGCAUUCAAGCAGCGGUUUAUGGGAGUGAAAAUUGUGUGCUUGAUCCAAGCCUUUUCCGUGAGGUGGUAGAUUAUAAAGUUGCAGAGCAUCAACAAAGAAGAAAACUGGCAGCGGCUGAUAAAAGUGAUGUAUGAUGGUGUUAGAUAAGUACCACACUUUAUCUGGAAAAUUUCUAUCAAAGUAGUUAGAAAUGGGGCGACAUCUCCUUUACAAAUUUGGGAAGGCUCGUAUUUUUUUGGUUUUGAGCUAUCAUUAUUUGCCCCCAAAUGCUGGGGGUUUUUGGUAUUUAACGUGUCAGUUAUCGAAUUUUAUGCUAACGAUGAUUGUUGAGCAUCAUUUAUUGCCGUCAGCUUUGUUGAGUACUCAUUUUUUGAAUAAUAGAUGAUGAUUAUUAUUCUCAUUCAUAA